AUGGCAUCACCACCAGUAGAUUGUACUACCGCGUUCAAUUUCGAUACAGUUCGCGGUAAGACUGCAAUAGUCACGGGCGGAGCGCAAGGGAUUGGAGCAGCUUACGUUAGAGCUCUCGCGAAGAAAGGCGCAUACGUCGUGAUUGGCGAUAUCCAUUCCGACCCGGCUGAGAACCUCAUGUCAGAGUUUCCAAAUCAGCUUCUAUUCAUCAAAUGCGACGUCAGGAAAUGGAGUGACCAAGUCGUCCUCUUCAACACCGCACGCUCUUUCUCGCCAACAAACCUCAUCCACGCUGUCGUAGCAAAUGCCGGAAUCAGCACCAAUGACGCAAUCUUCUCGACAGAGGACAACACCAAUGACGAGCCUUCCGAACCGUCCCUCAAUACCAUCGACGUCAACUUCAAUGGCGUCCUCUACACCACCAAACUCGCCCUCCACCACUUCCGCCGCCAGCACGCUACCGCCAUCGCCGACGGCAGCAAAGAGCCCCCCGACACGAGCUUGGUUCUCCAGGGAUCCAUCGCGGCCUACCUGGACACCUCGACCUUCUGCCAAUACGGCGCCUCCAAGUGGGCCGUCCGCGGGCUCAUGAGAACCCUGCGGCGCGUUGUGGGCGCGCACGGCACGAGGGUGAAUACCAUUUGUCCUUCGUUCCUCAAAACUGCCCUCGUCCCGCCUCAGCUUCUCGAGCUCCUCGACGCGAACGACAUCCCAUUGGCGAGUGGCGACGAUGCGGCCGAGUGUCUGCUGCGCAUCUUGAGCGAUCGCAACAUCAACGGAAGGGCGCUGUGCGUCGUGGCGAGGAGUCUGGUGGAGCGGGCGCCGAGGGGGUACUACGAUUUGGACUCGGAGGAGAUUCUCGAAGGGCCCUGGAUGAAGAUAUUUCCGUAG